AUGGACUUCAACAUCCACCGUGGCUCUCCUUCCUCCUCCGCUUCCUCCUCUGACCACCACCACCACCACCACCACCACCCUAACUCUUCCACCCCGCACCACCAAAAUGGCCAUCCCUACUCCUCCCCCUCUCCAACCUCCGACCCCGUGCACUCCUGGUGGGAAUCAAUUUCCAAAGCCCGUACUCGCAUCCACAUACUAUCCUCUCUUCUCCCCACUGAUGAGAAGUCUUCUCUCUCCCUCUCAUCUCUCGCCGACACCGAUCGCCCUGCCCGCUCCCUCCUCCUCUCGUCUGCCGCCUACUUCUCAUUUUCCUCCGCCCUUUCCUCCCCCUCCUCCGGCUCCGGCGAGGACCCACUCUGCCAGUGGCUUUAUGAAACUUUUCUUUCUUCCGAUCCGGACCUCCGUCUUGUCGUUCUAUCCUUUCUCCCCCUUCUUACGUCCCUCUACCUUCACCGCAUCCACCACCCCUCCUCUUCAACCUCCGUCUCUCUAGCCGGUUUUGAAGCCGUGCUAUUGGCCCUCUAUUCCUCUGAAACCAAAGCCCGCAAUGGAAAACCUGUAACUAUUUCUAUACCGGAUCUGUCUCAGCCUUCACUCUAUCACACCCCUCGGAAUCCCAUCAAAUCAAACCCUAAUUCUGCCACUUCUCAAGUUAAUAAGCCUUUGGUUGGGAUUAUAUCACCGCCUUUAGAACCACAGAAUGCGGUGAAAUCAACUAAGCGCGCCUGCAUUGUUGGGGUUGCUCUUGAUUGUUAUUAUAAGCAGAUCUCGCAGAUGCCCAGUUGGUCUAAGCUUGAUUUCUGUAAAUUCACGGCUGUCUGGGCCGGUCAGGAUUGCCCUUGUACUUCAGAUUUUGACGAAAAAUCUGAAAAUAUUGUGGAAAAUAAUCAUGGGUUUGAGGAAGAUCAGAGGGUCAAGUUCAGUGAGAUUGAAAACGCGUUGGAAAGAGUCAAGGAUCUGGAUAUUGAGGAUGAUAAUUCCGAGGAUGCAGGUCGGGAUGCUAGAAUUCCGCUGCCAUGGGAGUUGCUGCAGCCAGUUUUAAGAAUUUUGGGCCACUGUUUGUUGGGGCCUGUGAAUGUAGAGGAGGUGAAGGAUGCAGCUUCUGUGGCAUUGCGGCGUCUGUAUGCUAGAGCGUCACAUGAUUUGGUUCCGCAGGCAAUUUUGGCGACUAGGAGUCUAAUUCAGCUCGACAAUAGAGAACGCAAGGCAGUGAAGGCAGCAGCAGCAGCAACAGCCAGUGCCCCUGGGUCCAAUGCAAAUACGCCAAGUAAGGCUAAGAAGCCCGAGAUCCUUUUGGUUUCUAAGUAA